UAUUUAGCGUAUGCCGUAGGUACUCUCUGCCUCUGUAGAGUAGAUGGCGCUGGUGUUUGUAACACUUUUCGUAAACCUUGACGUUGAUGUCGUGUGUGUCACGUGCCGAGGCGGAAGUGACGCCGUUUUGUUGUGUUUUGGGCACGCCACUUCUCUGACUGCCGGACCCAUGUGCGGGUCGCUGUCAGUGUCAGCCAAAUUUAACGUACUUGGGAUGCGGAACAUUAGUAACGUUUGAGCUCUUUAUGCGGCUGGCCUUUGUGCCUUUUACUACACCGCUUGAUUCUGGGAUCGUGAUUGCCUUGCAAUGCAAAUGUGUGGCAAUACAAGUCAAGUGAGACUUGAGUGUGUGAAAGUUUGAACCGGACUGAAGUCGUUAAGUAAUAUUGGUGCCGAAACUCGGGGAUUUCGAUUUGCUGGUUGCUCAUGUGACCAUGUCUGUUGAGGAGCUAAAAAGGGCUCGUGUCGCUGCUCGUGGAUGGCUGAAGAGAGCAGUAAUCAAGAUCGAUCAGGCUGUGGCCUCUGGCGCAGAUGAUGUUGAGCUCAACAGUAUUAUCAGUGAGUUCAAUCUGAGGCUUGGUAAUCUUGAUUCAGUGCAGCAGAAACUGGAGCUCUGUCUGGAUGAGUCUGAGUUGGAAGAAGACAUCUCGAGAGCAUCUGAGGUUCGUGAUGCUGCAUUGGAGUCACGCUUACGAGCUCUGAGGUUUGUUGACAAAAGGUCUGCUAAAUCUUCGAAGCCAGGUGAGACUGAUCCCCCUCUCUCUGUUGCAAGUCAGAACGUAAAGCUACCAACACUGCAGCUUCCCAAGUUUGGUGGGCAAGUUCUUGAGUGGGAGCCCUUCUGGGACCAGUUUGUGGCCAGUGUUGAUAUUUCUGAUUUGCCAGAGGUGUCCAAGCUUGUCUAUCUCAAGUCCCUGUUGUACGGUGAUGCUCGACAAGCUAUAGAUGGUUUGGCUGUGGUCAGUGAGAACUACAAAGUAGCCUGUGAUAUUCUGAAGGAACGAUUUGCAAGACCUGCUCAGAUUAUUUUUGCUCAUGUGGAAAAACUGCUGAAACUUGGUGUGCAUGACAGCAAAGACCUGAAAUCUGUUCAAGAUAGCUUGUUGCUGCAUAUCCGUAGCCUUGAGAGACUUGGUGUUGGUGGGGAGACGUACGGAGUGAUUCUAACCCCUCUGGUUUUGAGUCGCCUGCCUGACUCUUUCCGUUUGGAGUGGGCUCGGGGGAGUGCUGGCCGUGAGGGUGACUUAAACUUUCUCCUCGACUGUCUCAAGGCAGAGAUUGAGCGACUGGAGCGGUCUCGAGUCCUGGAGGGCAGCUCUGUCCCUCUGGAUCUGGAGCAGAGACUGCCGGCUGCUCAGAAGAGGAAUGGACGUCGGCCCCAGCCGGCGUUUCAGCGCCGUCCACCUGCUCCAAGAGGACCUGCUCCUGCCGCAGCCUCUGUGCUGCACUCUGCUGCUGUGCCGGGUGACCAACCCGCACCUGCUCUUCAAGAAGCUACAAGAGUCGUCUCUACCUCGUCUGGUUGUGGUUUCUGCAGAAAACCACACCCCACAGAUAAGUGUCCUAAGAACUCCUGCUUUGGCUGGGUCGUCUCUGGUGCAGUGACCGAUGCGCAGUGCAGCGCCAGCCUGGUCUCCUGUCGCCUCCUCUGUCUGGGCGACCUGAGGGACACAGAGACCAGCUGUACGAGUCUGACCUCUGGUUCGGCGGACCUGCAUGGCUAAGGGCGCCACGAGUCUCGCCCGUCGACUGCAGGUUGUUUGUGACAACCGAGGAGCUGGCCGAGUCGGACACGGGCGAACGGGAGACCGCCACUGGUGAGCCGGAGUGCUCUGGUGAGCGCUUGCCAGGUCAGUGUGACGUGAUUGGCGCGGAGUCGUCACCGGCGGUGGCUCUUACUCUGGAGUCUCGCCCCGACUCGCCUACUUGCGGGAAUGUGUUCACUGUUGAGCGAUGGAGCACGUUGACGAAGGCCGUACGGGUAGCGGCGUGGGCGAGGCGUUUUGUGUGGAACGCGCGCCACCCUGACAGCCGCAACCUGUCACCUGAACUUUCGUACCGAGAGCUGUGUGUGGGUAAAGCUGACCUGAUACGACAGGCACAGCGUACUAGUUAUCCGCAAGAGUGUUCCGCGCUGGAACAGGGUAGGACUGUGUCCAAGAGUUCGCCUUUGUACAGGUUGUCGGCCUACCUGGCCGAGGACGGUCUCAUUCGCAUGAAGGGUCGUCUUCAGCUGUCCGACCUGUCAGUUGAGGAGAAGAACCCAAUCAUACUUCCAAAGUGUCAUCUAUCUCUAUUGAUCAUUCGCUUUCAGCAUAGGCUGAUGAGUCACGCCGGUGUGGGCACCUUGUUGUCUGCUUUGCGGCGCACGUACUGGAUCGUGUCUGCCCGCCGCAUUGCCCGGUCCGUGAAGCGCGAGUGCGUGGCGUGUCAGCGACAGGACUCACAGCCGUGCUGUGAGCCGGCUGGUCAGCUUCCCCGUGUUCGAGUGACAGAGUCAUCUCCCUUCUCUGUAACUGGCAUCGAUUUCGCGGGUCCGCUGUUCUCUGUUGAUCAGCCUGGGAAAAAGUACUAUAUCUGCCUCUUCACAUGCGCGACCACACGAGCUGUCCAUUUGGAGAUGACAGAUUCUCUGUCGUUACCGGCUUUUAUUCUGGCCCUUCGACGGUUUGCGGCCAGACGUGGUUGGCCGGCCAUCAUCUUUUCUGACAAUGCUGCCUCCUUCAGAGCGUGUGCGGCUCGUCUGAAGGAAACGAUGGUGGACUCUGCUCCUGAGUGGAGAUUUAUUGUGCCCUCUGCUCCCUGGUACGGCGGCUGGUGGGAGCGGCUGGUUCGGUCCGUUAAGGUUGGAUUGCGCAAGGCUUUGGGUAAGCGGUGCCUAACUUUGACUGAACUUGAGACUGUUCUUCUGGAGAUAGAGUCGUGUAUAAACUCCCGACCUCUGACAUUUGUGAGUGAUGACGUCACCUGUGCCGAUCCGUUGACUCCCAAUCAUUUUCUGAUUGGCCGUGGCUCUGUGUUCAGUCCUGAUGUGAUUGAGGACCACGAGAACGUGUCUGUGAAGUCGCUCUACCAGCGUGAGUCUGUCCGCCGUGCUCGUCUGGAGCAGUUCUGGCAGGUGUGGAAGCGUGAGUAUGUGCGUAACCUCCCUGCUGCCGUUCCCCGAUUUAGUUCCCGAGGUGGUUUGCGGGUAGGAUCGGUGGUGAUGAUCCAAAAGGACAGCCAGCCCCGUCUGAGGUGGCCUUGGGGAGUGGUAGAGCGGGUGCAUCCGGGUAGGGACGGUGUUGUGAGAAGUGUGGAUGUGCGCACCGCUAAGGGCAGUUACACGUGUGCUAUUCAGCGUCUGCACAAUCUUGAGGUAGUCGAUGACAGCCCUGAUGGCGUCCCUCCGCCCUGUGGCGGUUCCCGUGCGCCUCCAUGCGGUGCCGGCGCGGCGUUUGAUGUGCCUGGUGGUGUCUGUGAUGGUGUUGAGGCUCCAUCUGUUGGUCCGGCUGGUGAGGACCCAAGUGCGAGGGAGCCCGAGGUUCGUACUCGAUCGGGUCGCGUGUCUCGGCGCCCGCGGAGAUAUUAGUUAAGUUAAUGGCUUGUGUUUGUUUGCGCCAUGCGGUGUAUUGUUUGAUAUUUGUUCGUACCAUGAUGUUGAGUGCUCUCUGUCGCUGAGAGGCUCUCAAGGUGGGGAGUGUUGGAUAUUUAGCGUAUGCCGUAGGUACUCUCUGCCUCUGUAGAGUAGAUGGCGCUGGUGUUUGUAACACUUUUCGUAAACCUUGACGUUGAUGUCGUGUGUGUCACGUGCCGAGGCGGAAGUGACGCCGUUUUGUUGUGUUUUGGGCACGCCACUUCUCUGACUGCCGGACCCAUGUGCGGGUCGCUGUCAGUGUCAGCCAAAUUUAACGUACUUGGGAUGCGGAACAUUAGUAACGUUUGAGCUCUUUAUGCGGCUGGCCUUUGUGCCUUUUACUACACCGCUUGAUUCUGGGAUCGUGAUUGCCUUGCAAUGCAAAUGUGUGGCAAUACAAGUCAAGUGAGA